UGGCUUGCUAUGAGGAGGCACUACUGUACAUUUUAUCAUAUGACGCAGUGCUGACGCUAUGAUGUGCGCGUAAUGGAUUAUGGUUUUCCCGGUAUUAAUUUUAUUACAUGAUUAACUAUUAUUUGAAACUUUUAUAUAAAAUCCUUGUGCAUCGCGAUGCAUGAGUACAAUAAACAAAAAAUAUUGGAGUGCAUGCACUCGUGUUCAUAGUAUUUUGUUUGAUUGUACCACAUAACCUCGCAACAAUGGAUUUACUGUAUACUGUAAAUAGAAAAGUGACAUCGAAAUCUUUUAUAAAUCAAGAAAGCCUAUACGAAGGACAAUCUUUAUGCUCGUUAUCUAGUCGAAAUAUAGCAGCAUUUACUACAACCACAGAAUUGGAUGAUAAUAGUGGAAAAACAUGGGGAUCGCACGUUUAUGUUAGCGAUUUAAAUAUGCCUUGGCAUACUCACAAGCUAUUAUCAAACAAAAACACUAUUACUGCAUUAGAAUGGGACUUACCAGGUGAUAAACUGGUUGUUGCUGAUGCUACUGGUAAUGUACAAUUGUGGAUGUUUAAAGAUCAUGUCCUCAAUGAUUGGGUAUUAAUUGGUUCCACAUGUUUUACUGGGGAGCACAUAUUAGGCGCAGCUUGGUUUCAUAAUGGGAAAAAGACAGGGCUUGUAACUGAGAAAAAAGAUAGCAUUCAUUAUAGUGAGAAAUUUAAUCAUUUACCUUUUGCUCCUUCUGUGAGACAAUUUGGUGGUAGAGCAGCAGAAGGGGUAUUGGUAGUAUCUACCACAGGUAUGGUUGGUGCGCUUAUGAUCACAAAAGAUUUUCAAAAUCCCAUCUGUUCCUCGACAGAAAGUUUAGGUAGUACAAGGCAUAGGAUAACUGCAGUUGACCUUUGUUAUGGAAAAAAUGGCCAUAUUUUAGUAGCAGUAAGCAGUGGAAACAUUUGUUUGCCAAUUAGAUGUUACAGAGUUUUAGUUCGUAAAAAUGAUGAUAAAUGUUCUAUCACAUCACAAGCACUGCCAAGUUUUUUUCUGCAGGAUGGAGCACCCAAAGACAAUACAUAUACAAGUGUGACUCACUUGAAGUUUGUAGUUCGGGAAGAUGCAGAUUCCUUGGUUAUUGCUGUUAACAGUGAUAGUGGAGGUAUUGUAGAAGUAUGGGAAUUGCGGGAAAAAUCGCAACCAGUGCAUAAGUUAUUUCAGCCUAAAACAUUAGAAUCAUUUAAAACUGUAGUGGUAUGGCAACAUCAAUCGCAAUAUCGUUGUCAAUCUCCGAUAACAGCAAUAGCGACUACAAAACUAUCAAUAGUUACCACGUUGCCACCUCCAAGUUACGUUGUAGUAGCUUUGGCAGAUUCAUCGGUACAUUGUUUGAGCCGUGAUUGUCUGAAAGAAAUUUCUUUUUCGUCUUUGAAUAUGGCAUGGCGGCCCGAUGAACCAAAUAAUAAGUAUUUUAAAAAUUCAAUUUCUAUAGCGAGUAUAGAUUUAUCGUGGCUGGGUUGCGUUCUCUUGGCUUGCGAUACACGAGGAAAUUUAUAUUUAUACAAACUCCUCCCUGAUGGAGGACCAUCGAUAACAUUAACUUAUGCCUGUACACUCUUAGAAUAUUGUCUAGUAACUGGAUUAGAUUGGUUAGACAUACUGUUGUGUUUAAGAUCAUCAAUGAUUGAACCAUUAUGCGAAAGGCUGGAUGUUUCUUUCAAUAGACAAUUGCAGCCCAUACAGCAGUAUCAUUAUAUUCAAUUUCUUUGUAUCAAGACAUCGUUAUACAGAAUGUUAGUAUCAGGGCAAAGUAAAGCAGCAGACUUAUCAUCAUUACUUAUGAUUCAUUCAGUAGCAACAGCUUUUAAAUCACUACUACGACCGUCUGAUUUGAUUUCUCAUGAUAAGGGACCAGCAGAAAGUUUAGCAGCAGUCAUUAAUGAUGCAAUUACUGAUGUAGAUAAGGUACUCUUACACCUUGAUCCCAAAGAAUUUACUGUAGAGCCCAGUACACUUCAAUCCUUGCAACAAUUAAUUCAAUGGGUAGCUGAUCUGGCUUUGAAUCUCUUAGCUCGCUUGCCAGAACAACGGUUGCAAAUGAAAUCCGGUGGUUAUGAGCUUUUGAAGGAUCAUAAGGCCUUGAAUACAUUGAGAGAAUUACUAGUUCUUAUACGUAUAUGGGGUUUGUUGCGUCCUUCGUGUUUGCCGGUAUUUCUUCGUAGCGCCGAUAAUCUUGACGUGUUGGCACUAUUGUUCCGAUUAUUAUCAAAAUUGGUCCAACCAAACGGAGACACUCAAUCUCAGCAAGUAGACGAUGGGCUAAUUGAUGACUGUUGCCUGUUACCAAAUCAGAUCAUGAUACCCCAGUUACAUCAGGGUAAUAGCAUAACAGCUAUAGCUACCCCUAUUCUUUUUUAUCAAAGUUUUCCUUUGCAGCUGGAAUAUGGUGUAGAAUCUGAACAGUUAUUAUUUGUACCUGAGCUUAAUUCAGUUGAAGGAUGUAUGCAUAGUGGACAAAUUGUCGACGGUAUUAGGCAUCUGUACCUUGGGAAGCAACCACUUCUUGUGAAACAAUGUACAAGAUGUGGUGGGAAAGCCCAAGUACAAAAUAUGACAAGAACAGCUGCAAUUAGAGCAUGGGAUCAAAGAUGGGCAAGAGCUUGUCGUUGCGGUGGCAUUUGGCGAAUUCAUAAAACUUGUCCAUAUAUGAUGAAUUAGGAGUAGUUCAUUAAUGAAUUUUAUAUACAAUGAUUUAUACCCGCGAUUUUAUACAUUACGUAGCUAAUAAAAUUGAACAUUUUUAUUUAAUAUAAGAAAUGAAUUCUUAUUCCGUCAGAGAAUCCUCAGAGAAUGUCAAGAAUAACUGAACAACUUUGCAUAAGAUGUACAUAUAAAUUUUAUUGAAUUUGUUUAGUUCUCUAUUACGGAUACAAUAAAUUUUUAUUAUUUCUUAA